GCUGGUCUCCGUCUUCGUCUUCUCCUCCUCCACCCUCUCUCUCUCUCUCUCUCUCUCUCUCUCUCCUCCCCUUUGUUCCGCCGCUUCCCCUCUCUCUCUACCUCUCGCGGCGAAUUCGCCGAGAGGGCGCAGGGAAUUUUAUUAGGAGAAAUCCCCUUUUUGUAUCCGUUUCUCCGGAUCCGCACACCUCCUGUUAAUCCGCCGAUUCUUCUUUGAUUUGUUCAUAUUCGUUUUUUUUAUUUUUUUCCCUUUGUUUGCCUUUUUAUUCGUUCGAUUGUGGGGGGAGGGAAGAGUUUGGUCGACCGGAUUUCUUGGUGGUUUGCCUGGAUCUGGCGUCCUAGAGGCCCUCGUGCCCGAAUCCCGAUUCGAUUCGCCUCGGCGCGGCGCCGCUCGCCUCGACGGGUUUGGAUCUCGGGGUGGGAUUAGAGGGGAAAGGGGGGGGGGGGGCAGUUGAUUCGUUUGGUUGAGACCAUCGGAGCAGCAAGGAGAUGGAUCAUGUAGUCGGGGGCAAGUUCAAGCUUGGAAAGAAGAUCGGGAGUGGAUCCUUCGGGGAGCUCUUCCUUGCUGUUAAUGUGCAGACUGGAGAGGAAGUCGCCGUCAAAUUGGAAAAUGUUAAGACGAAGCACCCACAGCUUCAUUAUGAGUCGAAGCUGUACAUGCUUCUGCAGGGAGGAACUGGUAUUCCGCACUUGAAGUGGUUUGGCGUGGAGGGAGAGUACAAUGUGAUGGUGAUCGAUCUUCUUGGGCCAAGCCUUGAGGACCUAUUCAACUAUUGCAGUAGGAAAUUCUCGUUAAAGACUGUCCUCAUGCUUGCUGAUCAGAUGAUCAAUCGAGUUGAGUACAUGCAUCAGAAGGGAUUUCUUCACCGUGAUAUCAAGCCUGAUAAUUUCCUUAUGGGGCUUGGUAGGAAAGCCAAUCAGGUAUAUAUAAUAGAUUAUGGGCUUGCGAAGAAAUAUAGGGACCUUCAGACUCACAAGCACAUCCCAUACAGAGAGAACAAGAACCUCACUGGAACAGCUCGGUAUGCAAGUGUCAAUACCCAUCUUGGUGUUGAGCAAAGCAGAAGAGAUGAUCUAGAAUCUCUUGGUUAUGUCCUUAUGUACUUCCUUAGAGGCAGCCUACCAUGGCAGGGGCUGAAAGCAGGCACUAAGAAGCAGAAGUACGACAAAAUAAGUGAGAAAAAGAUGCUUACUCCUGUGGAGGUUCUUUGCAAAUCUUACCCAUCAGAAUUCAUUUCUUACUUCCACUACUGCCGUUCAUUGAGGUUUGAAGACAAGCCAGAUUAUUCUUACUUAAAGAGGCUAUUCCGUGAUCUCUUUAUCCGGGAGGGAUAUCAAUUUGAUUAUGUAUUUGACUGGACCAUUUUGAAAUAUCCCCAGAUAGGCUCCAAACCACUGAUGAGGCCAAGUGAAAGAACCAGUGGAGCUGCGGGACCUUCUAUGGAGAAGAUGGAAAAGGCCCCAGGUGAAGCAUCUGGCAGAAGGAAUCCUACUGGUUCUUUGAAUCAGAGUGACAAUUAUGCACAACGGCCGUCAAUGUCACUAAAGGAAAUCAUGCAUAGCACCGACCGGUCCGGCGAAAGGACCGUGGAAAGACCCCGUACAUCCUCCCGUACAGGCAGUGCAUCAAGGAGAGCGGUUGCGUCAAGCAGCAGGCCAGGUUCAUCGGUGGAACCAAUGGAGCAGCAAUACAGCCGGACAAGCAGGUUGUUCUCAAGCAGUGGAAGCCGUCCUUCCAGCACGCAGAGGGUUAAUCCAUCGGUUGGAGAGACAAGGGCCACUUCUCUCUCACGAGCAGCCGUUGCAAGAGGGUCCCGCGACGAGCCUCUCCACCGCAGCCUGGAGCUGCUGUCCCUUGGUGGCGGUAAGAGGAAAUAAUAUGGCAAGAGAAAGAGGAAUCUCCACAACGGAAAGAGAAAGGAAGAAACGCUGUUUGCGACUCUGUAAAUGACAGGAUUAUCACCUAUUUGUCAACAGUUCACCAGGAGCAUCCCAUAAUUUCAUGGUGCUCCGGCCCUGUUGUAUCAUUGCUUCAUAGAUAGCAAUAAUUUGUUUUUGUUGUGUGUGUUCGCUGUUGCGUUAGGGCCAAGUCCUAGCUUUGUGAUGAUUAAUUUAGAGGUGGUCAAGAUUCAACAUAUUUAUGUUUCUUUACCUUACCCCCCCUGGACUUGGCAACUUUUCCUGAGAGACAAGUAUUCGUGUAUCCCCCCCUUCUUAUUCAACUCUGGAUUUGCUUAUUCAACAGAAGUUGAUAAAAA